AUGUCGUUGGAACUUGGCCGCGUGACGGCAGUGCUGGUGACGGCCGCGCGUCGGCGUCUGGCCACCGGAUGGCGCGCCCGUCGGUAUUCUUUAGGAGCCGGCCGACUGUUGACGGUCCGCACGGUCGAAUUGGGAUUUCGGCUCGGCAAAAAGCUUUCGUCCCGGAUUUCCGGACCCGGGGCCGAGCGGCCGGACGUCUUGGUCCACGUACCGAGACCCGGAGAUGGCCGACCGGUACGGAAACAAGCCGGUAGCCGACGGACGGGCGACAACAGUCGACCAGACUCCGGAUAG